AUGUAUUUACAUCAUCUUUAUCAUCCUUAUGAUUCUGCUGCUGCUGCUCAUUCUGGUAAGAUGAGUUUUAUUGCUUUUACUGAUACUGAGUGGAAAUACACUUCAAAAUAUCACUACAUCGAAUAUGAUAAUGAGUCAAGACCACCGAUUCAUAGAAUUAGAAGAAUCAAUUUAUCCCUUCCGUUUAAGCAUUUUUGGUUUGUUGGUUCCUGUAAUGGUUUGAUCUGUCUUAUUAGUCGAUCUGUUUGUAUUUGUAACCCAGUCACUAAGGAAUAUGUUUUGCUUCCAAAAAUUGAGAGAGAUGGUUGUGGUAGUGAUCCGUAUACUUGUGGGAUGACAACUAGCUUUGGUUAUGCUUCUUCAACCAAUGAGUAUAAAGUUGUAGGAAUUUAUGUGGCGAACCACAAUUCUCUGCAAAUCCACAUUUACACUCUAGGCAGUGGCAGUGGAUGGAGAAACCUUUGA